AUGCCGGCGAAACGUCUGGGAAUAUACCAAGUUCACGGUCUGACUUUGGAAGUUAUCAUGCAUACUAUGGACUCCGUACAAGGCGCGCAUAUUUCUGAACAGCGAAGUUCUCCAUCCUUGUUCGCUUUCUUUCGAAUGGUAGCUGUAUCUCUAUCCAACUUGCUAUGCGAUCUUUCAUCUAUCGUUCCCUGUCCUCAAGUAUUCUGGCCUGUGCGCGAUAUGCUCAUGUCUUUGAGGCUUAGUCCUCGACCAUCUACUGCCGGUCUCAGCGCACUUCGCGAGGCCACAGACAGUCCGUUAGUUUUCGCGUGGCGCUUUUUUGUCAGGCUUUCAGAUGCCCUUAAGUCGCGGCUGAAGCCCUCCGUUGCUAAUAUCAGCAUUAGAAGCAGGACUGGUGAUCAAGAGAAUUUUGCAUCUGAUGGCAUUGCUUCUAGUGGCAACUUGCUCACCGAGCUUUAUCUCCGUCGACAGCUGAUGAUUCGCAAUGUUGGCCAAGUACCGCUCCGCCUUCUUGUUGUUGGCCUGAUACCCAGCCAAGAGGCCAGAGCAGAGGCCUCUACAUUCGCCAACUAUUUUCAAGUAAGCCCUUUAUUUGAAAAAUUUUACAUUGAAAUUCAUAUCAGAUUUGUUUUCUCUGUAUGGAUAUUUUAG